UAGAAGGCUGCUGCCCUCGACUGCCAGCGAGGUUCGCAGCAAGCGCGUCUCCUAGAAAGCGCCCUGUGCUCUAAUGGCCUUUUCACACUGCACUGGUGCUCCCCGUUCUCUGUUUCUCAUGAGUCAUGGUCCUGACCGGGUCUCGGACUUGCAGGACCUUUCUUGAGAUCAGACCGGUACACGUGAGUGUGAAGUCUCCGAAAUUUAACCACACUGACUCGAUCUGUCAAAUUGCACGUUCAACUUCACAGUCUGCAGAAUCUGAUCAGCUGCCGAAGCUCUCCCUUGAGCCUGAGGUCCGCAUUGCAUGCCGUCUUCUCUUGUUCUCCUAUCGCCCUUGAGCUGCGCAGCAAUAAUUCCGUCUGUGGUUGCAAGAGAGUGCCCACGAUGGGCUUCAUUGAUCCACAUUCCUUUGCGGAUGUGGACCAGCCGCUGGUCAAGUCGGUGGCCCUGGAGCUCCGCCUAGAUUUUGACAGCAAGACCAUCAACGCGACCGCAGACUACGUCCUCAAGAGUGCAGCCAGCGGCACCCUCGACUUUGACACGCGUGACCUCGGUGUGGAAGCAGUCACGGGGGAGGGGGGCGAGAGUGUGGCCUUUGACACGGACCACAAGGAUGCCAUCAAAGGACAGCGCCUGCGGAUGCACCUCCACGGUUCCCGGCUGUUCAUCCGCUACCGCAUCCCCCCCUCCGCCAGUGCGCUGCAGUGGCUGGAGCCGGCGAUGACAGCGGGCGGCAAGCUUCCGUUCGUUUUCACACAGUGCCAGCCCAUCCACGCGCGCUCCCUGUUCCCCUGCCAAGACACCCCCGCAGCCCGCAUCUCAUACGCGGCCAGGGUGGAGGUCCCAAAGGAGCUGCACGUGGUGAUGUCAGCCGUGCACCUGGGGCGGGAGGAGAGGGGCGCCACUGCGUUUGAGGUGUUUGCCACGGAGGAGCCCAUCCCUCCGUACCUCUUUGCAUUUGCGGCGGGCGAGCUGCAGCGCCAGGACCUCGGCCCGCGCUCCGCAGUGUACGCUGAGCCCAGCAUGCUGCAGGCGGCCGCGCGCGAGUUUGAGGACGUGGAGGCCAUGAUCAGCGCAGCGGAGGCCCUGUUCGGGCCAUACAAGUGGGGCCGCUUUGACAUGCUGCUGAUGCCGCCCUCGUUCCCGUACGGCGGCAUGGAGAACCCGCGCAUGGCCUUCAUGACGCCCACGCUCAUCACAGGCGACAAGUCGCUCGUCAACGUUGUGGCGCACGAGCUGGCGCACAGCUGGACGGGCAACCUGGUGACCAACGCCACCAUGGACCACUUCUGGCUCAACGAGGGCUUCACCGUCUACGCAGAGCGCCGCAUCCUCGAGGCCACCGAAGGCCCCGAGCGCGUUGCGUUCCACGCCGCCAUUGGCUACGCGGGCCUGCUCGAGGAGCUCGAACGCUUCGGGCCCGACUCCGAGUACACCAAGCUGCGCAUGAACCUCGAGGGCGUGGACCCGGACGACGUCUUCUCGGACGUCCCCUACGAGAAGGGCUUCCUCUUCCUGCGCCACCUCGAGACCGCCGUUGGGCGCCCCGCCUUCGACGCCUUCCUUCAGGCCUACAUCGCGCACUUCCAGUUCCAGUCCAUCGACACCGCCACCUUCCUGGCCUUUCUCCACGCGCGCCUGCCCGGCUUGCCCCCCUCGCUGGACCUGCCCGCCUGGAUCGACGCCCCGGGCCUCCCAUCCAACGCGCCCGUGCCGCGCUCCGCCGCUCUCGACAAAGUCAAAAGCCUGGCCGCGGCGUUCCCCAGCGGGGCGCGCCUCUCGGAGGAGGACCACCGCGGCUGGCAGUACCUGGAGUGGCAGACGUUCCUGGACGCGCUGCCCAAGCGGCUGCCCGCGGCGGACGUGGCGUGGCUGGAAGACCACUUCCAGCUGGCGGCCGCGCCCAACCCCGAGAUCCGGAUCACCUUCCUCGUCAUCGCCGCACACUCCGACUACCAGCCCGCCUUCCCCGCCAUCCACGAGGCGCUGCUCACCCUGGGGCGCAUGAAGUACCUGAAGCCACUGUACGCUGGCCUGCUUGCGGGGUCGCCGGACGGCCACGCCCUGGCCAGCCGCACUUUUGCCACCGCGGCCCCCAAGUACCACCCCAUUGCGCGCACGGUCAUCCAGGGCCUCCUGGACAAGGCUGCCACAAGGUGACAGCCAGAUGGUGGGCGCGGCGCAACAGCUUGCCGGGGGCCAGCGGGCAUCGCGGAGGCACAAGCCGCCUCCCAACGGCGUGGAUUAACGAUUGAGGGCCUAGGGUCAGCCAAGAAAAACAAUUGUCAAUAAAAAGGCAUGUGGAGGUCAUGCCACCGGUUUGGAGCAGGCUUAUGACGAGACCUUCAUUACCCGUUGUUAUGGCACGCUAUUAGUUGGUCGUCCGAUGAUUGGCCCAAUGUGGUCAGAUACUCCAGGCAGAGGCCAAAAUUUGACCAAUGCCUGAGGCGCGGCUCACAGGCCGC